AUGCAGGCCUCAGUGCUGGCAGCAUCUGAGGUGGUAGUGAAGGAUGGAGUUAGGACCCAGAGAGUGCUGUUUGAUGAUAUUGGACAAUCUCUGAUCAGACUUUCCAGCCCGGGUCUUCAGUUCCAGCUCAUUGAGGCCUUUCUGCAGUUCUUGGGCGUGCCUUCCGGCUUCCUGCCUCCAGCCUCCUGCCUCUACCUGGCCAUGGACGAGAGCAGCGUCUUUGACAGUGAACUUUAUGAUGAGAAGCCCUUGACUUACUUCAACCCUUCGUUUUCGGGCAUUAGCUGUGUUGGCUACAUGGAGCAGUUGGGCUGUCCUCGCUGGACCAAAGGCCACAGCCGAGAGGGCGAGGAGUUUGUCCGCAACGUCUUCCACCUUGUGCUGCCUCUGUUCUCAGGCCAGCGCAAGUCUCAGCUCUGCCUCUCCUGGGUGCGGUAUGAGGUUGCCAAGGUCAUUUGGUGUCUCCACACUAAAAAGAAGCGAUUAAAGUCUCAGGGAAAAAACUGCAAAAAACUAGCCAAGAAUCUCCUUAAAGAGCCAGAAAACCGCAACAACUUUUGCCUCUGGAAGCAGUAUGCACACCUGGAGUGGUUGCUUGGCAACAUAGAGGAUGCCAGAAAGGUGUUUGAUACAGCACUCAGCAUGGCAGGCGGCAGUGAGCUGAAGGACCGUGAACUCUGUGAACUCAGUCUGCUUUAUGCCGAGCUGGAGAUGGAACUGUCGCCUGACUCGAGAGGAGCCACCACAGGCCGGGCUGUCCAUGUGUUAACGCGACUGACCGAGAGCAGUCCCUAUGGGCCCUACACUGGGCAGGUCAUGGCCACUCAGGUUCUGAAAGCUCGAAAGGCUUAUGAACACGCUCUGCAGGACUGUCUGGGACAGACUUGUGCCUCUGACCCAGCUCCCGCAGAGUCCUUGGACUGCCUGGGUAGCUUGGUCAAAUGCUUUAUGCUUUUCCAGUAUUUGACUGUAGGGAUCGAUGCUGCUGUGCAGAUAUAUGGACAGGUGUUUGCCAAGCUGAAGGGCUCUGUUCUCCCAGAAGGUCCUGGGCCGGAGGACAGUGCCAGCUCUCAGAGGUUGAGCAGUGUUCUCGAAGCUGUUACCCUGAUGCAUACAAGUCUGCUGCGAUUCCACAUGAACAUUAGUGUGUACCCUCUGGCUCCACUCCGAGAGACGCUCUCAGAGGCUCUCAAGCUAUAUCCAGGCAAUCAGGUUCUCUGGAGGGCAUAUGUACAGAUUCAGAAUAAGUCCCACAGUGCUAACAAGACCAGGAGGUUCUUCAACAUCGUCACCAGGUCUGCCAAACACUUGGAGCCUUGGCUGUUUGCAAUUGAAGCCGAGAAGAUGAGGAAGAGGCUGGUGGACUCUGUCCAGAGAGUAGGUGGUAGAGAGGUCCACGCCACCAUCCCGGAGACCGGCCUGACGCAUCGGAUCAGGGCCCUGUUUGAAAAUGCAAUUCGGAGCGACAAGGGCAGCCAGUGCCCCCUACUGUGGAGGAUGUAUUUGAAUUUUUUGGUUCCCUUAGGGAACAAGGAGAGAAGCAAAGGUGUGUUCUACAAGGCACUCCAGAGCUGUCCUUGGGCAAAGGUGCUGUACAUGGAUGCCAUGGAGUACUUCCCAGACGAGCUGCAGGAGAUCGUGGACUUGAUGACUGAGAAGGAGCUUCGUGUACGCCUGCCCCUGGAGGAGCUGGACCUACUGCUGGAGGACUAGCGUACACCCGGGGGCAGUGCUGGUCUGCUGAACAGCGAGGACAGAGGGCCCAGGAGAGCCACGGCUGUGCAAGGGCUUUCUUAACUGUCUGGGUGGGGUUUGGACUGUUUUACAUAUUAUAUAUGUGACCAACUAUAUGUACAGAUGGAGUCGUGCCAGUGAUAAA